UAUUCUAAAUAUUGAGAUUUUGGAGAUGCCAUAACAAAAAAUAAUAAUGUCAUUUGUCUUUUAGCUCGAUCUGUGAUCUGUCUUUAUUGGAAAAUUCGAGGUGGAGAAGUAAAUAAUAUAUAUAUUCUAUAAUGGCCGGAAAUAUUACAGAAGAAGUUGAGGGUUCAACGGGCACCGAGACCAAGACCACAACGGAUGCCGAUAUUCCGCCAGAGUUCUUGAUUAAGCACCCAUUGCAAAACACGUGGAGCCUUUGGUUUUACGAUAAUGAUAAAAGCAAGACAUGGGAAGAAAAUUUGAUUGAACUUACAACUUUUGAUACAGUUGAAGAUUUCUGGAGACUUUACCAUCAUAUAAAAUUACCCUCUGAGUUACGGCAAGGUCAUGACUAUGCUGUUUUCAAGAAAGGAAUUCGUCCCAUGUGGGAGGAUGAUGCCAACAAGAUGGGUGGACGUUGGUUAAUCAAUCUUGAGAGGAAACAAAGGAACUCUGAUUUAGAUAGAUUUUGGCUGGAUGUUGUUCUGCUACUGAUUGGUGAGAAUUUCGAGAACACAGACGAGAUUUGUGGAGCUGUUGUUAAUGUGAGGGGGAAAGUUGACAAAAUCGGUAUUUGGACCGGAGACACUUCGAAGCAACAUGCAGUCAUUGAAAUUGGAAGGAAGCUAAAGGAACAGCUGGGCAUUCAUGGAAAAUUGGGAUUCCAGGUGCACAGAGAUACUAUGGCUAAGCAUAGCUCAGUUACUAAAUAUCUGUAUACUGUCUAGCUCCUGAAGUAAUUUCCAGCAUAAUAUGCCUUUGUUGGAUCACUUGUGUUUACAAUAAUAAUUACAGCGAUGUGGCCUUUUUAUAAAAGAAUAGAGUGACAAUACAAACGCUAUGUUGCAAGAUAAUUAUGUUUUAUUUUAAAGAAGUGGUGUUGUGUUUUUGUUUCUCAUUAAUACUAUAUUGUUACUAUGGCUAUUCUAGGAUUGUUUGGAACACAACAUCUAGUGUGAUCAUGUCACAUUUAGGUAUAAGUUUGUAUACAUGUAAUUGUGAAUGCAAAAUUGUAUGUUGAUUCUGAAACAUAUUUUAACAUAACCUUCAUGAGCUUGUCACUAAUACACCAAUAAGUAAUAUUUACAACUAAGUAAGAACUAUAGUAUAUAGCUUUACCUUUGUAAUGGUAAAGUGUGGUUUUUUAAUAAAAAUAUAGUAAAACUGAAAA